AUGGUGGAGAAGGCGAGGACCAUGGCGCGCAAGCUAGAGAUCCCGCAGUGGAAGGCCGACGGCCUCCUGCCGUCGCCGACGAGCCCGCUGGACCGCGCGUCGCCCCGUGGGUGGCGCCACCGCGACGCCGUCGGAGGCGUCGGGCUCGGGAUCCUCGCGGCGCUGGAGGCCGAGGUGCCGCAUGCGCGGCCCGCCGCGGGGCCGGUGCCGAGGGUGUCCAUCCCGCGUCGCGCGGCGCGGCUGGAGGUGUCGGAGCUCGGGUGCAGCGGGCGCUGCGCCACCAGCCUGUGCGGCGGCGGUGGCGGCGGGAGAGGUUGCGGCCCGGCGUCCGCCCGGCCCGGCGGCGUUGGCGGGGGCGCGGCGUUCCGCGUGGCGGAGUUCCUGUCGUGCUGCGACAUGUGCCGGCGGGCGCUGGACGGGAAGGACAUCUUCAUGUACCGCGGCGAGCGCGCCUUCUGCAGCAUGGAGUGCCGGUACCACGCCAUCGUGAACGACGAGUUCCAGGAGGAGAAGGAGCGGAAGCGCCGCGCCGCCGCCGCCAUGUCUUCCGCCGCCGACGUGCCCAAGAAGUCGGCCGCCGAGAUGGCCGGGUCGCCGUGCAGCGGCGGUGGGCAGAUCUUCUUCACCACCGGCAUCGUCGGAUCCGUCUUCUAG